AUGAAAGUCCUCCUAACAGGCGCAACUGGCACCAUCGGCGGCGGAGCGUUGAAAGCGUGUCUCGCACAUCCGCAAAUCACAAAAGUCGUCGCAUUCGUGCGCCGUGCUCUCCCAGAAGAUGUAUCUUCGAAUUCCAAACUCGAAACUGUCAUCGUGGAAGACUUUUCGACGUGGCAAGAUGAUCUACUGGAUCGGCAUAUGGACGCUGCGGCGAUGAUUUGGGCCCUUGGCUCCUUGAGUCCUACGCACAAAGUAGACGUGGAGUAUCCGCUGGCCUUCCAGGAAGCCUUUAUCAAGCGACGCAGUCAGCAAGAAAACCCGGCGGGUUUCCGCUAUAUUCAUGUGAGCGGUAAACUCGUCGAACAAGAUCCGGAUAGGAAGCUGUUUUUCAUGGAUGUGCAGCGGAAGACAAAAGGACUGCACGAUACCAAGGCAAUCGCAUUAGCUGAGCAAACCGACCCGUGGUGGAGGCUGAUAAUUGUUCGCCCUGGAGGGGUCUUGUACGAUGGCUUCAUGACGGGUAUGCUAGCUGCCGCUAUGGGGAAGAAUUGGGCUAUUAAUGUGGGCACGCUUGGUGCUUAUUUGGCUUAUGUUGCUACUGGGGGAGAUGUCGAGGGGGUUAUUGUCCUGAAUGGGACUAUUGUGACCAAGGGGAAGGAGUUGCUUAAAGCCUCCUCCUAG